CAUAGCGGCCUCACGUCCCUACUGCGCGCCAACCUUACGAAACUUUCAGUUACAUCCAACAACUCAUAAUUACAAAGUGUUCCAACUAAAAUAAUAAACUAAAAACAUUGAAUAAUAAAAAUUCAUAAAUUUUAGUUACUAAAUUCAGAAUAUAAAUAUUCAUUAUUUUUAUUUUAGUUUUUUUGUUUUGUUUUAUUUUUUAUUUUAUUUUGUAUGAGUGUUUCGGGAUAUUUGGUUUUGUUUUAGUGAAGGAAUAGUGGUGUGUUAUUUUUUUUGUGAUUGUGAUAUGUUAAUUGGUCAAAAUAGGUGACGAGUAUAGUUAUGGGCCUGAACAGCCUCUGUGUGGUGGAUUGGAAGUGAAUUGGACGCUAUGUUAUUAUCAUAUCAAACGCAUACUUACCAUCCUGAUGUCUUUUUAUGGUGCCAAUCCCCCGAACAGGAUGGAUAAUAUUACCCUAGAGGUAUGGGGGCUGCAGCCCAACCAGAGCUUCCCAUACAACGCCUCAGCCGAAUGGAUGAUAGAACGCUCCAAAAGCGUUCCGGACCCAAUAAUACUCUUAGAAAAGUUUUCCCAGAAUAAGAAAGUGGAUGACACGACGAGAGCACUACUUCUCACGUUUUAUGGGAUCCUGGUAGUCAUCGGCGCUGUUGGCAAUGCACUUGUUGUUAUAUCCGUAGUCAGAAAACCAGUGAUGAGAACAGCCCGAAACAUGUUCAUCGUGAACUUGGCAGUCUCCGACGCGCUAGUCUGUUGUGUUGGCACUCCUUUGACCUUGAUGGAACUUUUGACCAAACAUUGGCCACUGCCAGAUUGGCCAAGCCUUUGCAAGGCGUGUGGCGCUAUCCAAGCCAUAUCAAUAUUUGUGUCGACUAUAUCCAUUACAGCUAUUGCAUUGGACAGAUAUCAGCUGAUCGUGUACCCAACGAGACCAGGCCUUCAGACGAUGGGCGCCCUCUUCACAAUGUUCUGGAUUUGGGUGAUCGCCUUCACCCUCGCCUCACCUCUCUACAUCUUCCGGAGCCUCAAGACCCACUACCUCGGUCUCAUAGACAUGAAAUCUCUCAGUUUCUGCAUAGAAGACUGGCACAUCAAGAACGGACGAGCCAUCUACUCUGGCUUCAGUCUCAUCUUCCAAUAUUUACUCCCCGUCUUAGUCGUAGUACUUGCACAUGUCCAAAUUCAUAGAAGACUUAGAGGGAGACGGCGGACCACCAGGAAAACCCCGGCCAUAUUAAUAGCCAUCGCUGUGACAUACGUCAUAAGUUGGCUGCCAUUAAACGUGUUCAAUCUCGUAGCAGACUUAAGUGCCGAGCCUUUUAUGGAGGAGAAAACUAUGACAAUAACGUACGCCGUCUGUCACAUGUUCGGGAUGUCGAGCGCAGUGUCGAACCCUUUACUGUACGGGUGGUUGAACGACAACUUUCGUAAAGAAUUCGAAGAGAUACUGUGUUGCUGUAAGAAGAGGCCUCUGACCAAGAACACGAGGAUCAAGAGUCGGAAGAUGGAGACAGAGCUGACGGCCCUCGCACAUAUGGAGCACACUGUCACCGCCAACACGAAGACCUCACAAUGCUCUCAGAUUUUCUGACUAAAGGCUUGUUGCAAAUAGCAGGAAGCUAUCAGUGUUGAGAUGCAAAGCAUUUAAGAACUCUAGUGUCAAUUUAUUAAUCGUAAUGGUGUACAAAGUUCCUUUAUUUUCGAGUUGUUAGUGAAUAAUUUCUCUUGUAAAUAUCUGUAGAUAUACUGUAUCGUUAUUACUUAUAAAAUAAUAUUGUACUAUACGUUUUCAUGAGCCCAAAACGUAGAGUACUAAUAUUUGAUACGAAGCCUUAUUUCGAUUGUGUAGUUGUAAGAAUUCAUUUUGUAUAAUAAAUCGUUAAAGAAAAAUAAAUAUUAUUAUUCGGUC